AUGGCACUAAGACAUUUCCUCAAAUACAUCGAAGCCUUCAAUGCAAAGGACUACCACGUCCAGCAUAGCUACUACCACCAAGAUGUCACACUUGCCAUCCCCGAUCCCGAGAUCGGAACACUUAUUGGAUCAACGGGAAUCAUGAGACAUUAUGCCAUGGUCCACGCCGAUGCCCGGGAAACCGUCGUCCCGAUGUUCGUCAUGUUUGAUGGCCCGCGGAUCUUCUUCAGCAUGGAGGCUUACUUCCUUUAUACCCGUGUCACCAAAAAUGCGGUCCAUAGCCACAAGGUCAAGGCUGGAGAUGUGAUUCGAGUCAAGGUUUGGGCGACCUAUGAUAUGGUUGAUGGAAAGAUGGCAAAGAUUACUUGUAACGCGCUGAGUGAUGAGUUUCUGGGACAGGUUAAUGUGGACGAAUUGAUUCAGGAAAGUUGGAGUCGUUCGGAUGAGAAUGUGAAGGCAAACUGGAAGAAGCCUACUUCUGUUCUAUAG